AUGAAGCAAACGUAUAUUUGCUAUAACAAUCGACUACGUGGCAAUGCGGCCGAGUGGUUAAUGUGUCAGGCUCCCAUUCUGCACUGUCACGGUUCUACUCUCGCUGGGGGUGUUGAUAAGACGGAUGCCUUCCUAAUUGGCUUCUUGGUCGACUUUUUUAUUUUCUUAACCGAAGUGUGUCUAGACGCAGCUGAAUUGCUCAUGUUGGAAGUCGGCGUUAUUUUCCAUGAAGCAUACCCAGAGGAUCUGGAUCUUGACGCUGGUCUUGCUUUGGACUUUAGACUUCUACUGCGAGAGACCCUAGUCGACUGCUUUUUCUUCGUUAUUGCUCGAGUGGUCCCGCGUGAACGUGAUAAAUUGGAGGAAUUACGAGCACGACUAGCUUUGCUGAAAGUUCGUUGA